AUGAACUGUCAACAGCCAGGUUAUAGGGAGCUUUGUCGUCAGCUUUUCAUCAAGUGCUAUCAAGAACGUCUUCAGCGAUACACACCACCUCCAUAUGAAGUGCCAAGUGAUGGCAAUGCUUCUCUAGACAUACUAUUGCCGCAUCUCCUCAAUGACAAGGAAUUUUAUCAAGGCCGCUUGUAUGCUUCACAGGCUAGUCUUUCUCUAGGCCCUAUUUUAUGGGAGGCGCUGGGAAUGAUGCCGGAUCAAUUUAUGGUCCUUUGCGAUAUGCUAGUCAAUCCAAAGGGCAAGUUUUCAAAGACAUAUGAGGAACAUCCCGAAGGUUCUGACCCCAAAACGUAUUCACUCGACCGCGUAAGCCACAUGAGCCUCAAUGACUUCUUUACGACUCUCAAGACUUGGCCUCCACAAUGCAUUGAUAUAGGUUUCCAGAAUCUUUGGCAGUCUUUGGCUUACUACCACCAUUGGCUACACCAGCGUAACCUCUCUGUACUCUGGACGAUGAGACCUUGCCACCAGAACAUGAUUCUUCCGCUUGAAUACGGCCUGAUGGUCUAUAUAGAUGACGAAUGGAGACGCCUUGCAUGGGUUUACUUGGAUAGCGCGCUUUCGGCCGUCCCGAAUCCUGUUGAUUCGCCGCCUUUGGAUUCUGAAAUUUUACAACGCAUGCAAAAUGACAGAGUCUUGGAUGAUCAUGGCGAGGAACAUCAUCCACAUUUGGUGCAAGUACUUUUCUCGGCUGCUGGUACAGGUAAAACUCGUCAUCUGUUCCAGCUCUUGCAAAAUCACUGGGGAUUUUAUAUGGUAGCCCCCAACCUUCAGCCUGGCGGAGAAGAUGCUAAAACCGCCGACAUUAUCGAACCACAGAGAUACUCUGUUUCAAGAGAUACCUUAACAAUGUUUGAAGACCACCCUCAGAUGGAUCCCCGAUGGCCAAGGCGGGAACUUGAGGUAUCUCUUCCGAUUAUUGCUGCUCGAUGUGCCCUUCUCCAUGAGUUCUUGAACAAGUAUCCCAAAGAAACACCAUCAAAAUGGCUUUUUUUACAAGUAUGUUGUCAGAGAAGCGACCCAUUCGACGCACUGUACAGACUCUUCCGAUUAUCCGAUUCAUCGUACUUGUAUUGCGACUCAAAUACCUAUAUCCAUACAGAAAUACCCGCGUAUGUGGUGCCAAGCUGUUAUGCAGUUUUGCGAGAUCUCCCUUCGACGUACUUCAAUGGGACUCUAUAUCACUGCUUUGACGAGGCUCAGGUUGCCCUCGAUGAUGCUGAUGCGUCGUCCAUGUUUGACAAUCUGUAUGCUGGCCUUACUCUUCACGACAUACUGACUACGAAUUGGUUUCCAAAGUACCCAAGCCGCCUGUUUAGAAAGGACGAGGUUUACCAAAAAGACAAAAACUGUCUUAGUUGGAUGGAUGACGGUAUGCCACUUAUACAACCAACACUGGUGAUAUCAGGAACGUCACUUCGUCUGGAAGAACUGAAAGAAAAGCUCACAGGCUUGGUUACCGAUGCCUGGGAUACAGAUCCCUGGCGUGGGUGGCAGGAAGCUGGAUUUCACGAUAUGUUUCCACUGGUUGCUAGUGAUCAAGACUUUUGGAAGCUGUAUGAAGAGCAUACAACAAGCGUACUUAACGAACACGAUAGUGCUCGGGUUAUGAUGCAAGAUAUGCAUACAUCGGAUAUACCAUUGAUGAGUCGAAGCGGUCGUCCCUUGACUCUUGCAAUGAACCAAGAUGCGGACUUUGGAAAUAUGCGAUCGUUUUUACAACAACCUCUCAAGAUUCCUCCCUUACAGGAUGUCUUGAAACUUUUGGCGCAGGCCUACAAGUUCAUUUUGACGUCGGGUCAGACGAUACCUGGAAGUGACGAAAACGUCAGCUCUCUGAAUCUCGAAGAAUUACUAGAACGACAGAAUUGCGAGGAAGUCGCCGUCCUACUAGCCAUCUCCUUGGUAGGGCCGCUUGUCAAUAACGGCUCAACAGAUAACGAUGUAUUUGAGAAAUCCGUCCUCUCGUUACUAGAAGGUUACGGUGACCUCCAACCCGACCAGAUACUCAAAGUAACCCAGCAUGAGCUUGCGCAACCGUUACCGAUGAACUUUUCAUUCGCAGAGCUAUCGGGCAUCUUACACGACGUGAUAAGAAACGUAUACAUUCGAAACCUCAUCACAUCCCGCAGUCUAGGUCAACGUGGCCGAUAUAGGUGGUCUAUACUUUACAUCGAAGAGAUCAUCCAAUCAUCUACGACUUGGUCAUCGAAGGACUAUAAGCUAACAGAUAUCAGCUUGUCCGUUGAAAAGGCAAAGAUCAAUUCAAGCACUGCAGCAGUGGAGGCACUUAAAUCACAAGUUCGCAAGAUGAAGGCUGCAGGCAAAAUAGACUUAGUUCAAGAUCUUUUCAGAGCUGCUAUUCGAGCUGAGAUGAUGAGCACCCCGUCGAUAUUCUUGAAGAAAAGUCACGCAGAUUUGGUCACCUACGGUUUUGCUUUAGUUCAACGGGACGGCGAAACAAUGAGGUAUACCCUUUCUGAACCUAUUGCUAUACAUGCAAUUAUGGACUAUCUGCGUAAAGAGAGAGGAGACGAGUACGAAGAGCUCAUGCUUCAGUGGCUCAUCCAUACACAGGAUGAUUAUGAAGUUGGAUCUAUGUUCGGGAAGGCUACAGAAUGGUUCGUUGCGAUGUCUUUCGACCGGAUGUUACGACGUCAGUCUUUCGACGGUACAGUUCUGCCAGAUCUACUAGAUGGGGCAAAACGCCGGGGGACCUUGCUACAGCGAUUUGGCGAAGCCAAACGGUUGAACAUUCAGAGUGGCCAAGCUAGCACCUUGAGAGCAGUGGUCCAGAUCACUGAUUAUGCCCUACCUGAAACAUCGACUGUUUUUGAGUAUCGAAAUCCUAGCACUAUUUGGAAAUGGAUGGGGGAUUUCCGUACAAAGGGAUCGGGAUCUACCCCAACGUUUAUGUUCCCGGAUAUCAAUGCUGGCCCUGACCUCAUCUUUGUCCUAGAAGAGCGAUUCUUAGCAGUGGCUAGCGACACUGGCAUUACUCCGAGUGUAGGGUUCCAGGAUACAAAACGACUAUUCGUUGCCGUUCAGAUUAAAACCGGACAAAGCGCUCGAUUUGAAGAUGCUAUGGAGACACUAGUAGAGUCUAACUGGCAUAAGAAUAUCGAAACGGCAGCUCGGGAUAAAGAGAUGCAAGAAUUGGAGCAUUGGAAAGAUACGCCAGUACUCUUACUCUUGAUUUGUACAGGGAUUACUAUCAAGCAGAAAAAGAUUGACAAAUGGAUUGAGAAUAAUGCAGCUCAAAUCUCAGGAGGCCGUUUCAUAUGUGUACUGGACGAGACAGUUACGAGUGAUAUAUGGGGUCAGGAUUUCGUUGCUUUGGCGGAUUCCAUCAAGAGACAGAAUGCGCAACGGCAGAGGUCGUGGGUGCAGGAUGUUAGGAAGCGUGCGCAAACUUAUAAUGAUGGUGUCAUCGGGGAAGAUCAACUGGCAUACCGAUUCAAGAAACGACGCCAUCUGGACGAGUAA